CGUGAGGCGCGGGGCGGCGGUCAAUGUUAUUUGAGCGGGGGCCGCGGGCCUCGGCGAUCGCAGAGCGGAGGAUGCAGAAAGCCGCCUACUACGACAACGCGGGACUCUUCGGGGGCUACACCUACAGCAAGGCCGACGCCUACCCCUACGGCGCGGCCCACCAGCCCUACGGCCAGGGCGGCCUGGACGGCGAGUACCCCGGCUCCGCCUGCUCCGUCCAGGGCUCGGCGCCCGGCCGCGCCCCAGCCCACAAGGGCAGCGAGCUGAGCGGCAGCUGCAUGCGGACGGCCGGGGGCGGCCCCGGGGGCAGCCAGCCCCCGGGCAUCGGCGAGCAGCAGCCCCCGGCGCUGCCGCCCUCCUCCCCGCCCAACCCCCCUCCCAGCGCGCCCCCUCCGAAAAAAGCCAAGGGGGGCCCCAACUCCUCGGGCUCGGCCACCGCCACCCUCAGCAAGCAGAUAUUCCCCUGGAUGAAGGAGUCCCGGCAGAACUCCAAGCAGAAAAGCACCUGCGCCCCCUCAGGAGAGAGCUGCGAGGACAAGAGCCCCCCCGGGCCGGCCUCCAAGCGGGUGCGCACAGCCUACACCAGCGCGCAGCUGGUGGAGCUGGAGAAGGAGUUCCACUUCAACCGCUACCUGUGCCGGCCGCGCCGGGUGGAGAUGGCCAACCUGCUCAACCUGACCGAGCGGCAGAUCAAGAUCUGGUUCCAGAACCGCCGGAUGAAGUACAAAAAGGACCAGAAAGCCAAAGGCAUCAUGCACUCCCCCGUCGGACAGUCCCCAGACCGCAGCCCCCCCCUGAGCGGCCCAAACCACGUCGGCUACUCCAGCCAGCUCCCCAGCGUCAACAGCCUCAGCUACGACGCGCCCUCGCCCACCUCCUUCGCCAAAUCCCAGCAGAGCAUGUACGGGCUGGCCGCCUACACGGCGCCGCUGAGCAGCUGCCUGCCGCAGCAGAAGCGCUACGCGGGCGCGGAGUACGACCCCCACCCCAUGCAGAGCGGCGGCGGCGGCUUCGCCAACCCCAGCCUGCAGGGCAGCCCCGUCUACGUGGGGGGCAACUUCGUGGACUCGAUGCCGGCCUCGGGCCCCAUGUUCAACCUGGGGCACCUGCAGCACCCCUCCUCCGCCAGCGUGGACUACAGCUGCGCCGCCCAGAUCCCCGGCGGCCACCACCACGGACCUUGCGACCCCCACCCCACCUACACGGACCUCUCCUCUCACCACACCUCUCAGGGACGGAUGCAGGAGGCGCCCAAGCUCACGCAUCUGUAGCGGGGCGGCGGCCGGCGGGGCCCGCUCCCCUCUCCAUUACCUCACUUUUCUGACGGGACAGUGUUACUUUGCUCUCGAGUGCCAACAGUAUUAGUGGAUUUGUCUCCCCUAGCAGCUCCCCUCUUUCUGCCGCAGCCCCGAGCAGGUCCGUGAGCGGGGGCCUUUCUCUUAGAGCUGUUUUAAGCAUGACAGUGCAAUAUACUGCAAACCGAGGGACUGAUAAGCUGGUAAUGAUGUACUUGAAGGUAAGUCUUAGAGAUGCCGUAGUGUUAGCAGCGCGUCAUGCUGAGGUGUUUUAGACCAGUCGUGAGCGGUGGGAACUCGCCCGCGCGUAAGCUUAUUUCAGAGAAGUUAAUUUAUGAAUUCUUCCGUAACGUAAGGAUCGCAUCGGACUAAAUGAUAUGUAUUUAUUAUUUUAAGCGAGACAUUUUUGUAUCACUGAUUAUUUAUCCUCGUCUUAAUGUAUUUAUGUGGGUAUUUGUAGAGUUUCUUCACCAGUACUUCGGGAGAGCGAUUCAGGUCCGUGGUGACUUACAUUUCACCUAUUUAGUAUAUUCGGUCUGAGCUAGUUGAGAGAGUAGUCUUGAACAGUUGUAACAGUGGCUGGUGUUCGUAGUUUAUGUAAGGGUUAAUUAAGACAGCAAGUCGUAAGUCAUUAAUAGAGUAAAACGAACUGUGGCAUCACACAAAGAGCCGUUACACUUAAAAAAAAAAUCGAAAGUAAUUUUAAAGUAUUUAUUUCUACCUGGCUGGCCCCACUCGAGCGCCUGGGUGGCUUGGCUGGCAGCUGGCUCGGCCGGGUGAAGCCACCUUUAGUUGGAAGCGCAGCCGCUUUGAGGAGGCGAUCUACAAAGCGGGGCGCUUGGCCAUCUUGUUUCAGAUCAAAUCCUGCAUACAAAAACCUCGGUGAGGUUAACAUUUAUUUAUUGACUGGGUAUCUAUCGCACAUAUUAUUAUUUCGGUGGGCUAUUUUAUUUUAUUUUAUUUUAUUUUUUAAUUACACUCUGGCUAUCUGAAAUAGGAAAGAAAUUAGAAGCUUAGAACGCAAAAAAAUUAGAAACCCUCUGAUAGUGCUAAUUUCAUUAGGGUCUCCAUAGCAAUCCGCGCAGCAGCUGCCGCCUCCUUUGUUAUUUAUACUGUUGUCUUUAUACUAACCAUAAAUCAAUUUUUUAGACAUCUUUGGAAGCCCGAGCUUUUCCUCUUGUUUUUCAUAAAAAUAAACUUUGAAAGAAAAUUGACAAUCAGAUAUACACAGCCGAAGGGGAGCCGCCGAGGCGGGGUGCGGGCAGCGGCCGGGCGGUGCCGCCGCGCUCCCCCGGCGCCCGGCGAGGACGGUCCCGUCCCCUCUGACCCCGGCAGAGGGGCGCCGCCGCCUCUCUCUGCCACGAACGGGACAGCUAAC